ACCAGAUGGGGUGUUACGCAAGGGCCUAAUGUUUACCUCCCGCAGGGGCCUCCUCCCUCCCUAUAAAACGGGAUGAGGUGGGGAGAUUUGCGAAGACUGAGACUCUGGGAGAAGAGAGAGGCAAUACCAGGAGAGGAGCAGAAAAGGGGCAGAAAGUUAAUGCGGGAGACCGAGAAAGGGAUACCGAUUCAGCAAGCUGCAGGCGCCGCCCGCAGUCUGCGCGCUCGAAGGCGGUCGCGGUUGUUGUGCAAGGGGUGGCGCCCGCACCCUGGCUCCCCAUGGAGGCUUCUGAGCUGGGCCCAGGGCUGGUGGAGCGUCUGGAGCAGCUGGCGACGUGUCCGCUGUGCGGGGGCCCCUUCGAGGACCCGGUGCUCCUGGCGUGUGAGCACAGCUUCUGCCGCGCGUGCCUGGCCCGCCGCUGGGAGACUCCGCCGGCCACCGGCACCGAGGCGCCCCCCACUGCUUGCCCCUGCUGCGGUCUGCCGUGUCCCCGCCGCAGCCUGAGGUCUAACGUGCGGCUGGCGGUGGAGGUGCGAAUUAGCCGCGGGCUGCGUGAGAAGCUGGCAGAGCCAGGGGCCCGCGCUUGGAAACGCCGAGGGGGGCGUAUCCCCACCAUGGGCUGUCUGGACCCGUACGCAGAGGAUAUGAAGACAUGGAGACGAUUGGAUGCCCCAAUGCCCAAGUCAUCUAACUCAGAGGAAGCUCUCCCUGAAGAUUACCCAGUGGCCAAAAACAUGCUUCACAGACUGACAGCGGACCUGACCCUGGACCCUGGCACUGCGCACCACCGCCUCCUCAUCUCCGCCGACCGCCGCAGCGUCCAGCUGGCCCCACCGGGGACGCCCGCGCCCCCUGACGGCCCCGCGCGCUUUGACCAGCUCCCCGCGGUGCUGGGCGCGCAGGGCUUCGGAGCUGGCCGCCACUGCUGGGAGGUGGAGACCGCGGACGCCGCCUCCUGCGGAGACUCUUCUGGAGAGGAUGAGGACGAUGGGGGGAGCCGCUUCGCCCUGGGAGCGGCCGGAGAGUCGGUGCAGCGCAAGGGCCGUGUAGGACUGUGCCCCGCCGGGGCCGUGUGGGCCGUCGAGGGCCGGGGCGGCCGCCUGUGGGCCCUCACGGCACCCGAGCCCACCCCGCUGGGCGGUGCUGGGCCCCCGCCGCGGCGCAUCCGCGUGGACUUGGACUGGGAGAGGGGCCGUGUGGCCUUCUACGAUGGCCUAUCGCUUGACCUGCUCUUCGCCUUCCAGGCGCCUGGUCCCCUGGGGGAGCGCGUCUUCCCACUGUUCUGCACCCGCGACACCCGCGCCCCGCUUCGUAUUGUGCCGGCCGCCGAAGGUUGAGUCUCCCCGUCACCCCCACUCCAGCCUAUUUCUGCCCAGCCACUGCAAGGCUGCCUCCUCUUGGGCUCGGAAAUCCCACUCAUUCCAGGAAUCACAUGCAUACGCCCAUUGCCAGAGCACUGAGCGCCCCCCCCACACACACCCACAUUGUCUUUUUCCCCCAAAAUAAUGACCUCAAAUAGCCUCCAGUUUUCCACACCCACUCCCAAAGCCAAAUCCAGCCCCCCUACCCCACAGUAUUCCCCAGCUGACCUCUCUCCUAUCAUUUACUAGUUCCUGCCUAAAUUAGGGAAUAGGUUCUACCAGGUCAGUAUUGAUAAAGGUCCCAUAUUUACUACACAAAUGCCCUGGUAUUAAGAGAUUUACCUCCCACUCCACCUCUCAGCUCUGAAGAAGGGCCCAGUGCCUUCUCCACAGCUAUAAGGCUUGGGCUCCCUCCCCCGUCUACUUUGAGGUUUCUCCCAGACAAGAGUCUCCUCCUAAAAAACAAGAGACUGGCCUGGGCCUCAGGGCCCACUAAGAAGCUUAAGACCUCUUUAUUUUACUUUUGCAUUUGUGGGUCAGUUCCAUUCUACUCCGUGACUGCUAUGGUCACAGCCUUUCUCCAUUAAGAACCUUUGUUAGCAAUGGUGCUACCUCUCCUCUCCUGUACAUAGGAACAGCCCAGACAUCCCCAAACUCAACCUUGUACAUAAUUUCAUAUCUUUCCCUAUAUGUAUAAAUGGGCCUAUAUUUAACACAUUUUGUGAUGUUGGGUUAUUUAUUUUGUGCAUCUGUGGCAAUAAAUGAGAUCUCAGGG